UUAGUUAGCAUGAUCAGCAUAUUUGUCAUUGCAAAUUAACAAACCCAAAAAAAAAAAAAAAAAAAGAGAGAAAAAAAAUGGGUAGUAGAGAGAAACUGUCACUUCUACGCCACCUCAUGAAGACAGCAGUGAAGAAAAUGAAAUUCAUUGUACUUAGCUUGAAAUGGAGGCAAUAUUGGCGGCGAUUGAUUGCCAAUACAAAGUCUGGUUCUGCUGGUACUAGUUAUAGAUUGAGAAGGUGGAGUUUCAAUGAUCGAUUGUUGGGACUUUAUGGUUCCUUAGAACAUGGAAAAUGUUCUGGUACUGAGAAGUUUACGGUGAAAAGUUUUCAAAGGACGACAAGUUAUGGUUGCGAAUAUGAUGUUGAAGAUGUUGAUCAGAGAGCUGAGAUUUUUAUUGCCAAUUUUCGUUCUCAGCUCCGGUUAGAAAGACAAGUUUCUUUGAGGCUAAGGUACCUAGAAGAGAAUAGUUCCAAUAUUGGAAAUGAAGGGAAUUCACUGUUUUCAGAACUUUGAUUUGGUCCAAAAAUGUUAGGAUGAUAUAUAUAUAUAUAUAUUUUGGGAUUGAUAUAUUAUAUAUAUUCUUGAGGAAGAAAUAAUCUAAAUGCACCUGCAGCUCUGGUAAUGGCAGUUCGAUCUGUAUACUACUUACUAAAGAGGAAAUGUUCUAACAAAUAUAGAUUUUUUUUUUUCUUUUUUUGGGCUGUUCUGGUUUUACAUUUGCUUAUAUUUGGAUGUUUGGAGUUUCAUUUUUAA